CACCGCUAUAAAAAUUUAGCAAAACAUAAAUCGCACAUUUGCAACUCACUACCGACACAACCAUUUUUAUGGCAAAACCCGUGAUUCAGCACACUCGCGAUUAGUGAGAAUAAGUAUGCCCUAAUCUUCACUAGUUUAAUUUGCUCUCGGCAGUACAGAAAUACAGGAACUAAUCCCGGGUGCAGUUAGUCAGUCUAUGCGCCAGGAGGAGCUAGUGAGAAGUAUUGGGAUCAUUACAGCGCGUCCACUCUGCAGGCGGGUGAGGUUCGUCUCGCUGGUAGCAUACAAAGCUCCAUAUACCUGUAGCAAACCUUAUAUGCUGUGUGUUUAGCCUGUCAUCUCUUAUAAUGAUGGACAAUGAUUUCCGGAACCUCAUUCGGCGAUUUUAUGAGUUGCAAGCAGAACGCGUGGAGACCUAUCGGAUGUUUGAAGAGGGGCAUCAGGCAUAUCUGAAAUCAGGCCCACACUAUGACUUCGUCAGAUACCGGCAGCUAGUCCAUGAGAUCACACUGGCCUUCAAUGGUAUCAGCAAAGAAGUAAUCCAAAUAAAGGAUCGAUUUCGUGAAGUGUAUGAUCGAUCAGAUCUCUCCGAACAUCUGGAAAAAAUACAGGAGAUGGAAAAAGAGAAGUUGGAACUGACAGCCAGAUUACAGAUAGCCAAGCAAAAUGCUCAGGAUCAUCCUAGCCAGGAAUUGCACCAAGAAGAAAUGCAAAUUUUGAAACACAAGAUAAUUAAAAGCGUGGAAGCAAUCAGCGAAGUACUGCAAGACUUCAAGUAUGACUGUGAAGAAAUACAAUGAGAUUUCACCAUUUGGAAUUCACAGAAUGGAAACCAUUUCUUGGGCAUUUUUUUUUUUACUUUUACCGAACGUGAAUUUGUAGCCUUUUCUCAAACUAAAAUGAUUUGAUGAUGUAAAUGAUCAAAAUAAUUUGCAUGUGUCCCUUUAAGGCAUCUAGAAAUAUUAUUUAGUGUGAUACCAUUAAGUAAUGUGUUGUAGCCCUCUUCUAUAAAGGUUUUGGUAUCUCUGUUUGCUGUUUAUAUAGGCCUCUGUUCUAAGUUUAGCUGGCUUCUUCUCUUCACAUACCCCACACAUACUGGCUGCAAGAUAAAAUAGGAGGGAUUGGGAUUAUGGCUCACUUGUAUUCAGUAAAAUUGCUUAUUUGGAAAACAUACCAACUUUUUUGUCAAAAUAUUUCUAUAAUCUGCUUUCAACAAAAAGUUUUGCCCUUAGUUAAAUGUACUUAAGUUUUGUUUAUGCAUUCAUAAGAAUAUAAGAGAACUUCAUUCAAUAUUAUUUCUUAUACCAAACAUUCCUUCACCCCCUGCUUCAAACUGCUUACUCUACCUCUGUCUCAAGAGAGAGCUUGCUUGGGAAGACUGAAAGACUGCGGCACAUUUUACAAUUUUUUCCUGUUAAUAUCUGGAACAUGUCAGUAUCACAUGCAAACCCUAAAACUACAUUUUCUCUAGUAAUAGGGCACACUUGGUCCUACUAAAUUACAUCAUUACCUUUGGUAAAUUCAAUUUACAUGAAAGAGAAUGAGGCUUGUACAACCUCUGCAUCAGCAAUUUUCAUUGAUGAUUUUAGUGAUUCCCUAUUGCAUAUACAUUGCUAGCCUCUCCCACUGACCUCGGUGAACUUAGGGGCUUUUAUUUACCAAAAACACGUUUGCACGGUGUCUAUGCCCAAACAGGAACUGAAGAGUAGGCAGAAAGUGACACCCUCCAUCACUUUGGAAAAUCUAUAAUUUCACAAUUUAAUGUCCAAAUUUGCUGGUACUUGUUAGCAUUGCGUAGUAAUGAGGCUUUUCCUUGUUUUGCAUAACAAAUAUAUAUUAAUAUUAUUACCUUACAGCUUUCAGCUCUAGUUUGACCUUCUACAUGCCAUAAAUAAAGAAAUAAAAGUUU